GCGUCACGGCGUGUGGGCGGCGCUGCCCGUGGCCGAGGGCGCCGGGCCAUGGCCUCGUCCGUGGUGCGCGCCACGGUGCGCGCCGUCAGCAAGCGCAGGAUCCAGGCGACCCGCGCCGCCCUCACGCUGACCCCUUCUGCUGUCCAGAAGAUAAAAGAGCUUCUGAAAGAUAAACCUGACCAUGUAGGUGUGAAAGUAGGUGUUCGUACAAGGGGAUGCAAUGGACUUUCUUACACAUUAGAAUAUACAAAAUCAAAAGGAGACUCUGAUGAAGAAGUAGUUCAAGAUGGGGUUAGAGUGUUUAUUGAAAAGAAGGCACAGCUGACACUUCUAGGAACUGAAAUGGACUAUGUAGAAGACAAACUGUCCAGUGAAUUUGUCUUCAAUAAUCCAAACAUCAAAGGAACAUGUGGUUGUGGAGAAAGCUUUAACAUCUGAAAUUUCAGGACUACUUCUUUGAGCAGCCCAAAACACUUGCUAUUACGAUUUUCAGAAGCAGAUGCAUUUUCUUCAGCAAGCGCAUUUUGUAGGCUGCGUAAAGUGGGGAUACUAUUAAGAAAAAUAAACUUAAGUAUUUGAAAAUAUAAGCUGUGUGUUAAAUUCCACCACUGUUGUAGUUAUGCUUUAAUUUAUGAUGAAUUAACAUCUAAAAGGUAAGAACAGUGAGUGCUACAGUAACAUCUCUGUACUUCCACUUGCCAAGGAAAUAAAAUUUCACUGUUCUUUUCCUCUGUCA